AUGAAUGGGAAGGCUGUGAGGUACAAGAAGAAUGAUAAGGAUAGGGUGAGGUUUGAUUGCAAGCAAGAAGAAUGUGGCUUCCUUGCAUACUGUUCCAAUGUAAAAGGGACUUCAACAUACAAGAUUAAGACACUUGAUCCUAAACACACAUGUGGAAGAACAUUCAAAAAUAGGGCAGCAACAGCUAAAUGGAUUGCAAAGGUUAUUGAGGACAGAAUGAGAAAUUCUAGUACAGUACUCCAAGUGAAGGAGAUAAUUCAUGAGAUGAGGACAAGAUACAGUGUAGGUGUCAGCUGGGGGACUGCUUGGAAUGCGAGAAAAAUUGCUAAGGAUGUUGUUGAGGGAGAUGCCCUAAAGCAGUACACCAUGAUAACAUCUUAUGCAGGUGAGCUCAAGAGGGUGAAUCAUGAAAACACAGCAGCUAUCAUUCUGAGAUAUAAUCCCACCACACUUCAGCCCAGAUUUGGUUGUUUUUAUAUGUGUCUGGAGGGAUGCAAAUCUGCUUUUAAACAGGCAUGCAGACCAUUUAUUGGAAUUGAUGGAUGUCACCUCAAAACCAAAUAUGGUGGCAUCCUUCUAAUUGUUGUGGGAAGGGACCCAAAUGAUCAGUACUUCCCACUUGCAUUUGCAGUGGUUGAAGCUGAGUGCAAGGAAUCUUGGAGAUGGUUUUUGAACCAUUUGAUCCGGGAUAUCGGUGACAAAAGAUGGGUGUUCAUCAGUGAUAAGCAAAAGGGGUUAAUGCAAGUGUUUGAGGAGGACUUUUCUGGUGUAGAGCACCGCUUUUGUGUGAGGCACUUGUAUGCCAAUUUCAAGCAGAAGUUUGGUGGAGGAACUGAGAUUAGAGACCUUCUCAUGUGGGCAUCCAAAGCAACAUACAAGGAGUUAUGGGAGGAGAAAAUGCAACAAAUCAAAGCAAUAAAUGAAGAUGCUUACAAGUGGCUGAUGACUAUCCCUACAAUACAUUGGUGCAGGCAUGCUUUCUCUUUCUACCCUAAAUGUGAUGUAACCAUGAAUAAUUUGUCUGAGGCUUUCAAUUGUACCAUUUUAGUUGAUAGGGACAAACCUGUUAUCACUAUGUUUGAAUGGAUUAGAAAGUAUUUAAUGAACAGAUUUGCUACUUUGAGAGAAAAAAGUAAAGGAUGGAAGGGUAAUGUGAUGCCUAAACCUAGGAAGAGGCUAGAUAGAGAGAUAAAUUAUAGUGGUAGGUGGGCAGCAACUUGGGUUGCUCAAGGUCUAUUUCAGGUUGAGCAUGCUGGUUUUGAAGACCAAUUCAUAGUUGAUAUAGAGAAGCAAACAUGUACCUGCAACUUUUGGGAAUUAAAUGGAAUUCCCUGUAGACAUGCUGUGUCUUGUCUCUCUGAUAGGGGUCUUAAUCCUGAAAAUUAUGUGCAUGAUUAUUACAAAAAAACAGCUUAUAACACUUGCUAUGGGCACAUUAUCUCACCAAUUAAUGGUGAGAAUAAAUGGCCAAAGCUCCAACAAGAUGACAUCCUUCCUCCUGAGAUUAAAAAAGGGCCUGGAAGGCCAAAAAAAUUGAGGAGAAGGGAACCUAAUGAACCAGAUAAGAAAAACACAACCAAAUUGAGAAGAGGAGGCAGUUCUUACACAUGUAGUAGGUGUCACAAAAAAGGACACAACCAGAGGAAGUGCCCCUUGCCUCCACCAUCUGAGGAUGCUCUUGAUGAUGGUCACAUUGAAGAAGAGAAUGAACCACAGCAACAUGAUUUCUCACAGGUAUUUGGUCCUUCAACACAAGAUGUGUCUCCUUCUGCUCCUUCAACACAAGAAGCUCCACCAGCUGCAAAUGCAAAUGCAAACAAUCAACAACAGUCACCUCCACCUCCACUCAAAGCACCAACUACCAGAUCCAAAAAGCAAGCUGCUGCACCUCCACAGCCAGCUGCAACUGCAACUGCAAACAACAUACAACAAGCACCUCCACAUGCCAGAUCCAGAAAGCAACCUGCAGCACCUCAACCUCCACAACCAGCUGCAGCUGCCAGAGCAACAAAACCUGCUGCACAGCCCAAAAAACCUGUAGCUGCUGCUUCUAAUCAAAGAGGAAAAAAGAGGGGAGCAGACAAUGAGAUAGGUCAUUGGAUUCCAGGAGAACAUGCAAGUGGAACUUCUGGCAAAGGGGAUAAGGGCAAGGGCAAGGCAACUGUUGCUAGUCAAGACCAACCAAAGAAGAGAGUUAUCAAAAGGAGAUGGAUCUGA